AUGAUUGUUUUGUUGUGGCUACGAAACCUCACCGAACACGUAAGGAAUACCGAAAUCUAGAAUUUUGAGUACAUUUCUAACGAAAAAUUUAAUUAAUUUCCAUAUUGUACCAGUUAAUUAUGUAGUAAUUGUUUGCCCAAGUAUUUCAAGUCGUCAUCCAGCUAUGAGAUCAAUACCAGCUCUAUUACUUACGGUAACCGUACUCCUCGUACAAUUACAAUACACUUAUCAUUUUAAAAGCGAACGAAAUGUCGGUCUGGCCGAAAAGAUCACCGCGCUCAAAGAAAUGGCUGCCAAGAAAACCAUAGUCAAGCUGAAUAACUUUAAAUUCAAGGACUACGUCAAAUGGUCCGCCAGGAAUUACUCGUUCGUCGUUAUGUUCACCGCUAUGGAACCUCAUCGUCAAUGUUCCAUUUGCAGCGUCGUCAACGAAGAAUUCCAAAUCGCCGCUAAAUCUUUCCAACUCACUCACGGCCUAUCUGAUAAACUAUUCUUCGGAGUGAUGGAUUUCGACGACGGAUCCGAAGUAUUUCAGAGCUUACAAAUCAACACCGCUCCAGUCAUCGUGUACUUCCCACCCAAACGAAAGAUCAGCAGGAUAACCGAUUUGCAACAACUCGACAUGCAAAGAGUCGGUUUCUCGGCCGAAGCGAUCGCUAGAUGGAUUACAGAUAAGACAGAUCUCGACUUCAAAGUAUUCAGACCUCCUAACUACAUCAGUACGUUCGCUCUGCUGACUAUGUUCUUCAUCGGAUCGCUAGUUAUGUACUUUAAACAAGAGAACUUCGAGUUUUUACAAAAUCGAACCUUAUGGGCCAUAAUAACGAUCAUAUUUUGCCUGACGAUGACCUCGGGCCAGAUGUGGAAUCAUAUUAGAGGUCCGCCAUUCUACCAUAAAUCGCAUCAAGGUGUCAGUUACAUUCACGGAUCAUCCCAGGGACAAUUUAUCGCCGAAACGUAUUUCAUAUUUUUACUCAACGGUUGUUUCGCCACUUGUGUUAUAACGUUGAUCGAGUCUAGCUACAGUGCUGAGCACAGUAGCGGUAAAAAAGCUACCACCGUUAUAUCUGUGAUAAUAGCCGCGUUCCUGUUCAGCGCUUUAUUAUCUAUAUUUAAAGCGAAAGCCGGUGGGUAUCCGUAUAGAGGACUGCUGUAACACUGUGAUCUUUUUCAAACACCCAAGGUAUUGCUCGUCACCACCGUUCAACCAAUUCAGCGUUGCACAAAUCCAGCAAUCCUUUCCCUGUUUUUCGAGUCCGUUUACUUUUUAUUAUGUUCUGUUUGUUGAUUCUGUGAUUUUUCAAGUGUAUAAUUUUACGCCUUCAUGUAGUCGUUAGGCGUUUACUUCUUUAUUAUUUUAUACAACUAUGGUCGCGCAUUUGAAAUGCUUAAAUCGCUCUUUAUUGUUAAUCGUUUCUUCGGAUACGUUUGUAAUAUAGGUUUAUAGGUUCGCUAUAAUUAUUAUAGUUCUUAUAGGUAUAUUUUUUCUCAAUUUUUUUUCUUUCGUUUUGUACACUCGAGUUUCUGUUUUCUUGUUUCUUAUUCGAGUAUCGUUUAUAGAUGUACGUUGAACGUUACAAUUAUUCGAAGAAAAAAUAAGCGUCAAAAUGAUCGUUUGUUAUACAUAUGUUUUUUUUCUCAAUAAAACAGUCAACUAGCA